UCUCCGAGGGCCCGGAGCGCGGCGGAGCCAUGCAGUACCCGCACCCCGGACCGGCGGCAGCGGGCGCCUUGGGGGUGCCGCUGUACGCGCCCACGCCGCUGCUGCAGCCAGCGCACCCGACGCCCUUCUACAUCGAGGACAUCCUGGGUCGCGGACCCGCCGCGCCCACCCCCACGCCCACGCUGCCGUCCCCCAACUCCUCCUUCACCAGCCUCGUGUCCUCCUACCGGACCCCGGUAUACGAGCCCACGCCGAUCCACCCCACCUUCUCGCACCACUCCGCCGCCGCGCUGGCCGCCGCCUACGGACCCGGCGGCUUCGGGGGCCCUCUGUACCCCUUCCCGCGGUCGGUGAACGACUACACGCACGCCCUGCUCCGCCACGACCCCCUGGGCAAACCCCUGCUCUGGAGCCCUUUCCUGCAGAGGCCUCUGCAUAAAAGGAAAGGCGGCCAGGUUAGGUUCUCCAACGACCAGACCAUCGAGCUGGAGAAGAAGUUUGAGACCCAGAAAUACCUCUCCCCGCCCGAGAGGAAGCGUCUGGCCAAGAUGCUGCAGCUUAGCGAGAGGCAGGUCAAAACCUGGUUUCAGAAUCGACGCGCUAAAUGGAGAAGACUAAAACAGGAGAACCCUCAAAACAAUAAAAAAGAAGAACUGGAAAGUUUGGACAAUUCCUGCGACCAGAGGCAAGACAGUGAACAGAAUAAAGGUGCUUUGGAUAGCUCUCAAUGUUCGCCCUCCCCUGUCUCCCAGGAAGACCUUGAAUCAGAGAUUUCAGAGGAUUCUGAUCAGGAAGUGGACAUCGAGAGUGAUAAAGGCUAUUUUAAUGCUGGAUGAUGACCACCGACAUUGGCAUGUUCAGAAAACUGGGCUUUGGAAUAACAUUUGCUACAGAAAAUCUCCAUAGAUGAACUGGAAAACUAUAUGAGAAAGGGAAUCAAUUUUGGGUAUUCUGGAAACCUAAAAUGUGUGGUGCACUGGCUAAAUAACAAACACAUUGGAACCUUAAUUUUGACUUAAAUAGUUUAUGAACUGAUUUUAGAUUGUAUGAUAAAGGGACUCUUCACUGAUUAAAUUCGCCCCCUUUUUAAAA